UGCCACCUGCUCCUGUUCAUCUGCCCUUCAGUGACAGACCAAGCGGUCCUCCGUCUCUUCCUGCUUUAGUCCCCUCUGUCUUACCUCCUGUGUCCACUCCUUAUACCCCACCUUUGACUGGAUCUGGAUUUGUUCCCUUCCCUCCUUCCUUGAGGAUUUAACUUGACCGUUUGGCUCAGCGGUAACUAACUUUUCACAGCUGGUGGCCUGGUGAUGGCGGAGGGCGUGCGUCCUGAGGAUUACUGUGACGAGCCGGUGGAAGAUGAGUUCGGAGAGAUCAUCAAGUGUCGGUCUGAUGAAAGAGAAGACGUUCAGAAGAAGACUUUCACAAAAUGGGUCAACUUGCAGUUGUGUAAGACAGGAAAGCCACCUGUGGAGGACCUGUUCUCAGAUCUGUGUGAUGGACGACGCCUGCUGGAGCUGCUGGAGGGCCUCAUAGGACACGAGCUAGUGAGACUGGAGAAAGGGACUAGCCGUGUUCACUCACUUAACAAUGUCAACCGUGCUCUGCAGAUCCUGCAGAAGAACAAUGUUGAUUUGGUGAAUAUUGGAGCAGCAGACAUCGUUGAUGGGAAUCACAAACUGAUUCUCGGGCUCAUCUGGAGCAUUAUUCUCCACUGGCAGGUGAAGGAUGUGAUGAAGGAUGUGAUGGCGGGCCUACAGCAGACUAACAGUGAGAAGAUUCUGCUGAGCUGGGUUCGUCAGAACACACGGCAAUACCCUCAGGUGAAUGUGGUUAACUUCUCCAGUAGCUGGAAUGAUGGAUUGGCCUUCAACGCCCUCAUCCACAGCCACAGGCCGGAGCUGUUCGAUUGGAGCGCGGUGGAGACGAAGACGUCGGCGAUCGACAGGCUGGAGCACGCCUUCAGUAAGGCUGAGCAGCACCUGGGCAUCGAGAGACUCCUGGACCCCGAAGAUGUGGCCGUCUCGCACCCCGACAAGAAGAGCAUCAUCAUGUAUGUGACGUCACUCUUCCGGGUUCUCCCCCAAAGUAUUUCCAUGGAGGCCAUCCAGGAAGUGGAGUCACUCCCGUCGGCGACCACGGCCGGCGUCUCCCGUGUGACAACGGAGGAACACUAUCAGAUCCAGACCCAGCAGCGCUUCUCUCAGCAGAUCACAGUGAGUGUGGCUCAGGGGCGCGUGCGGAGCCCCUCCCCUCAGCCUCGCUAUAAAAGCUAUGCCUACACCCAGGCUGCAUAUGUCAAGUCACCAGAGCAAAAGAGGAGACGCUUUACUGAGCAGUUCCUGACCCGCAGCCAGGAGGAGCUUCAGCGGGGCCUCAGUCCUCUGCCUCCUGGAUCCACCAGCCUGGAGAGCUACCAGGCUUCACUGGAGGAGGUGCUGACGUGGCUGCUGUCGGCAGAGGACGGCCUUCACGGCCAGCCCUCCAUCUCCAGCCAUGUGGAGGAGGUGAAGGAGCAGUUCCACACGCAUGAGGGCUACAUGGUGGAGCUGACCACCCAUCAGGGCAGCGUCGGCCGUGUCCUGCGGGCCGGCGCCGCCCUGCUGGCGGAGGGUAACCUCAGUGAGGACGAGGACUCUGAGGUCAGGGAGCAGAUGAACCUCCUGAACUCCCGCUGGGAACACCUGAGAGUAGCAAGCAUGGAGAGACAGAACAGUCUGGUCAUUCACGACUAG